GCCUGGCUUAAUUCCUCUACUGUAAUCCUGUUACAUCACACCAUAUUAUUACCAAGAUGUAACCAUGAUGUCCAUAGCGUUAUUAUCUGAGACAGUACACAGCAGAGACAGGUGCUCACAGGUAAGGUACAGGUUUCCUUAGAAGAUUCAUCAUGUCAGGUUCACCUGAGAGUGAGGAACUACCAGCAACACAAACAGGGCCCAAAGGCGUGAUCCAUGACUGGAGGAAGUUUAAACUUGAGAGUGAGGACCACGAAAGCAUUCCUCCAAACAAGAGAGAGCUCCUCAGACAGAUGUCCAACCCCAAAACCAGUAAUGAUGACACCCGGGAAAAAAUCAAUCGCAAGAUGAGCGUCCAGGAGUACGAAAUGAUCCAAGAAGAGGACGAAAGAUGUCUGCGUAAGUAUCGCAGGCAGUGCAUGCAGGAGAUGCACGAGCGCCUGAGUUUUGGGCCUAAAUUCGAUGCUGUGUAUGAGUUGGAUAGUGGGGAGGCCUUCUUGGAUGUCAUAGAGAAAGAGCACCCUCUGACCCUGGUGGUUGUGCACAUCUAUGAUGACGGGGUCACGGGAUGCGACGCUCUCAACAACUGCCUGACUUGCCUGGCAGCAGAGUACUCCGCCGUCAAAUUCUGCCGGAUACGAGGCUCUGCCACAGGAGCGGGCGAGCGUUUUUCAGGCGACGUUCUGCCCGCCCUGCUGGUGUACAAGGCUGGAGAGCUGCUGGGCAACUUUAUGCGCUUUACGAAGCAUCUGAACGAGGAGUUCUUCGCGACGGACGUGGAGAACUUCCUAAACGAGUACGGCCUGCUGCCGGAGAAAGAUUUCGCGGCCUGUCCCGUCGAGGAAGAGAACGCCGACGUGGAAUAACUGAGGAAAA